CUCUCCUGGAACCUCACCCAGAAACUCACCCUCUGACACCAUGGUCAGCUCCUGUUGUGGCUCCGUCUGUUCUGAGGAGGGCUGUGGCCAAGGCCUCUGCCAGGAGACCUGCUGCCGCCCCAGCUGCUGCCAGACCACCUGCUGCAGGACCACCUGCUACCGCCCCAGGUGCUGUGAGUCCAGCUGCUACCGCCCCCAGUGCUGCCAGUCCGUGUGCUGCCAGCCCACCUGCUGCCGCCCCAGGUGCUGUGAGUCCAGCUGCUGCCGCCCCAUCUGCUGCCAGACCACCUGCCACCCCAGCUGUGGUGUGUCCAGCUGCUGCAGACCCCAGUGCUGCCAGCCCAUCUGCUGCCAGCCCACCUGCUGCCGCCCCAGGUGCUGUGAGUCCAUCAGCUGCUGCCGCCCCCAGUGCUGCCAGUCUGUGUGCUGCGAGCCCACGUGCUGCCGCCCCAGGUGCUGCAUUUCCAGCUGUUGCCGCCCCAGCUGCUGCCAGACCACCUGCUGCAGGACAACGUGCUAUCGCCCCAGGAGCUGUGAGUCAAGCUGCUGCCGCCCCAGAUGCUGCAUCUCCAGCUGCGAGCCCCAAACUUGCUGAUGCUCCAGCAGCUCUGGUUCCAGCUGCUGCCGCCCCUCCUGCUGCAUUUCCAGCUGUUGCCGCCCCUGCCUCUGCCUGAGCCCAGUCUGUGGCCAGGUCUCCUGCCACACCACUUGCUAUCGCCCCACCUGUGUCAUCUCCACCUGCCCCCGCCCCAUGUGCUGUGCCUCCUCUUGCUGCUGAUGCCCUGUGACCACCGACUCUGUUACCCUCUGACUUCACAGAUGUAGACCCGCCUACUGUGCUGACUCUUAGGAUACAUGGAGUGGGGUUGAUGUUACUCAAAUAAAUUGGGCUUCGUGAUGCCAGUGAGGAAGCCGCCCAUGCCACUGAAGAAGAUGGGUAUGGCCCGGAGCACUGCUAUAGUAACGGAUUUUACCCUCCCACCUGACCAUCGUAAAUCAUCCUGCUAACUUCCUUUUUAUAGGACUUUUCUGUAACCUAGUCUAUUUCUGUGCUAAAAUAAAGUUAUCCUUCCCUGCAU